CCAGUUGACUGGUAACCGAUUAAAAGAAAAGAAAGGAGGUAAUUAGUUUCGAAAGACACUCCAUUUCCCUCUCAAACAUUAAAUCAUUAAUUGAGACCCUCAACUACCCUCUCCCUUUCACUCUGUCACCCGCCAUUACUAAGCUUCAACCAUAAUAGUACUGCAAAGGACGUAAGCUUGUAUGAGAAGGGAAAAAAAGCCGCUUUUUGAAGACGAAGAGGACAUCGCAUUUCCCCAAUUGGCAACUACUGCAAGAGGUCAUCUCCAUAUUGUACGGUUAUUGUACAAUUACAAAUAUGAAUUGUAAACCCUAGCUUAUUCCUUUUUUUUUUUGAAAUUAUGAUAAUGGUGAUGAAUUGGGAAGAUUAAACCUUUGCUUCGAAAUUGCCAGUAGUUCAAAAUUGCUAUUUGCUCUGAAUUUCUAUAAUUGAUAUUAGCACGAUGUAUUUGAAAUUGGAAUUGAAAUUUGGCUUAAUUGCGAACAUGAUUUAGGCAUUUGAUUAUGUUUUGAAUUGGGUUGAAAUAUUGUGAUGAUUGUUGUCAUUACUGGCAUAAUUGUAUGCGUUUUUUGGUUAAUUAUAGGGGAGAUAGAUGGGAGUAUUUGAUAUAAUCUCUGUACGAUUUUGGCAUGGUGGAAGUUUUAAACAUGUUAUUAAUGGGGAAUUAGUUUACAUGGGAGGGAAGGGAAAGACUUAUGACAUUGAUCCAGAUGAGCUUUGUUAUUUUGAUUUAAUUGACUUAGCUAAGAAGUGUGGGGAUUAUGAAUUAAUAGGUGGGAUUUUUUACUUGGUGCAUGGGAUGAGUUUGACAACUAGGUUAACGAAGGCUGUGAGUGAUGAAGAUGUUCUUGGAAUGGAUGAAGAUGAAGAUGUAUAUGUUUUGCACUGUGAAAUACAACUUGAAAUUGCCCCUAUGGAGAAGCCUUUUGAGUCUAAAAUAUUAGCACCCUUAAAUGCCCUAAUCUCCCAGCCUUUAUCAAUUAAAAAAUUAACACCCAAGAGGACCUUACCAUUAUUAUUAGUCCUAACUAGAUCUAGUCCAAGAAAAAAAACUGCCCACUCUUGACUCCAACUCACAUAAAGUGACAACACAAACCCAUAAAGAUGUUGCCACCUCAUCUAUUUUGACUCAUCCUGUCCAGUAAAGUCAUGCAAAAGAACACACAACACAACAAAACCCUAAACACAUCUCCCAGCCUACUUCUAACCAAAACAGAUCUGCACUUGAGGAGUAUGAGUGGGAAGACUGCAGACCAGAAAGUCCUUUGACAAUACAACAGCUUGUAGGGUUCAGUGAAAGUGAUGACGAUGAUAGUCUUUACCAACUAGAAUAUGAUGAUGAUGAUUAAUUAGAAAAAAGACUAUAAUGUUGAUGGUGAGUUUGAUGAUGAUUUGGAGCUAGAUCUAGAGUUGAAUAGUGAACAAGAUGAGUUAUUUGAGGAUGAGGGUGAAGCUACUGAAUCAGAGACAAGCGACGAAGAAUAUAAGACAACUAGGGAAAGAGUGAGAAAUUACAAUAAUAUGUUAAAGGAGAUUGCUAAUCAGGCUGUCAAAUAUGCAUGUGAGGUUAAAGAAGCUGCAGAAGAAGUGCCUACUGAGAAUGUAACUGGUGCAUCUGGUUAUGUUAGUGAAUAUGAUAGUGGUGAUGAGGAAAUUCACACACCUGACAAUGGUGAAGAUGGUGCUGGUGAGGGCAGGAAAAGGAGGGGGGUUCUUGUGAAUCCUAAUAGUGAUUUCAGUAAUUUCAGGUGGAGAGUUGGGCAAAGAUUUGCAACCAGGGGAGACUUUAAAGAUGUUGUUGCUAAAUAUGCUAUUAUGCAAGGUAGAGAUGUAAGCAUUGUGAUCAGUAACAAUAAUAGGAGGCAACAACUAGAGGUAAGGUGUGUUUAGGGGUGUUCCUUCUAUUUGUACUCUGCCUAGCAUUCAAGAUUAGCAACAUAUAUAGUGAAAAGGGUGGAUGAGAAACACAGUUGCCAUAGAAACAUGAAGAAAAAUAGGCAACUUAAAUCCACAUGGGUAGCAAAACAAUUGUUAGAGGUAUUCAAAUCAAGGCCUCACUGGCUAGCCAAAGAAAUACAAGAGACAGUUAGGAGAGCAUACAAGGUAGUUGUGGGAAAAGCAUUUGCAUACAAAGUGAAAUAUUAUGCCCACGGAAUGCUUCAUGGGUCAAUGAAGGAUCACUACAAGAAGUUAGGAACGUAUUUAGAGGCUUUGAAGGCUGCUAGUCCUAGGACUAAGUUAGAUUUGGUGACUGUUGUGAACAAACCAGACCAUCCUCCUGUUUUCAGAGAUUGUUCACUUGCUAUGAAAGGUUGGCAUAGGGUUGGAAAGAGGGAUGUAGAAAGGUGAUUUUUGUGGAUGCUUGCUUCAUCAAAACCUUUCUUGGUGGUCAAAUUCUAUCUGCAGUAAGUCGAGAUGCCAAUGACCAGAUGUAUCUAGUAGCUUGGGCUGCUAUAAAAGCUGAGAAUAUUCUUUCCUGGGAAUGGUUCUUCACCAACUUACAGCAAUGUUUAGGACUUGAAGAUGGAACUGGAAUUGCCAUCAUUAGUGAUGAACAUCAGGUAUUGUUUUGUUGCCUUACAUUAUUGUUUCAAACCUUAACUAUAUUAAAAGUUUCUUAUACAAGUGUUAACAUGACUUGAUUAUAUUGUGUGUUGUUUUGAUAUGCUAUUGUGUGUUGUUUUGAAACCCGUGUGAAGGCUAUUCUAACUGAUGUUGCAAAGGUUUUACCAAAAGCAGAACAUCGACAUUGUGCUAGGCACCUUCAUUCAUUGGCACAAGAGCUUUAGGGGUGAUGAGAUGAAGCUGCUUUUUUGGAAGAUAGCCAAAUCUUAUAGUCUUACAGACUACAAUGAAGCAUUAGAUGAGCUAGCUGAGAUUAAUGCAGAUGCAACUAUUGCAUUUAAAGGGUACAAUCCUAACCUUUUUUGUAGGGCUUUCCUAGAUAGUUCAAUCAGAACUAAUGCCAUUACCAACAACAUGGCAGAAACAUUUGACGCCUUACAUAGUUAAUGCUAGGACUAAGCAUCUCAUACAUAUGCUAGAGGAUAUAAGGGUAGCUUUAAUGCGGCGAUUGGUUGUAAAAAGUCAAGCAACGGAAAACUCAACUUCUAGCCUAUGUUCUAGAGUUUAGGCUAGGUUAGAAAAAGAGAAGGUUAAGGCAGCAUAAUGUGAAGUUUUACCCUCUUCAGAUCAUCUUUUUAAUGUUAAGUACUACUUCGAUUAGUUGAUUGUGAAUUUGGAGGCAAGGAGUUGUACAUGUAGAAAGUGAGAUAUGUUAGGAAUCCCUUGUUGUCAUGCUAUUUCUUGCAUUUUUUUCUCUAACAGAGAUGCUGAAUCAUUUGUAAGUGAUUGCUACAAAAGAGAGGUGUAUUUGAAGGCAUAUGCAGGCUCUAUUACACCUUGUGAGGAGAGGCAGUGGCCAGAGUUUUGUGCAACUUGGACCCCCACCUAUAAAAAUAGGGCCAGGUAGGCCAAGGAAGAAUAGGAUUAAGGGCCCAUAUGAACUUCCUAAAAAACCUGGAACACCAAGCAUGGUGGGUAUGGAAAUGACUUGUUCCAUUUGUAUGGUGAAAGACCAUAGUAAAAGAAGAUGCCCAAAUAAGGACUCACCUGUUGUUAAGGAACCACAGCCUAAAAGGCCCAGGGGCAAACCAACACAUUCUGUUGGAACUGCAUCUAUCAUAACACCUACCCCUGCCACACAAACUGCAUCAUCAGUUGCUCCUCCCACACAUCAGCACCACACUUCUAUUGCAAACCCUACUCAGUUAGGAAGAGGAGGAAGAAAGAUUACAACAGGUGAAGGAUCAAGAGGUGGUAGGGGUGGAAUAGGGAGUUCAACCAGGGGUGGGAGAGGUGCUAUAGGAGGGGGAAGAAGUAAAGAAAAAGUGCCUGCAGGUGUUGGAGUAUACUUUGCAACAGAUGGCAGUGUUGUAACAAAUCCAUCUAAGAGUAACAAGAGGGCAAGAAGGGUGACUGAACCACAGAUGCAUGGUACACAAUCAAGUCAAACUUCGAAUUUGCAUCAACCCACUCAAUAGCAAAGAAAAUCUAGUGCUCAAGUUAUGAAUUAGUGAAUCUGGUUGUAAUGUAUUUCACCUUGCAUCUUAUUUGAUGAACAAAGCUCUAUGUUAGCAUUUUGGAAUGACUAUCAUGUUAUGUUGUCUGUA